UAUAGUUCGCAGGAAAAAUAGUCAGUAAUGUAGAUCUGCAGCUGCGUGAGACAAAAUCGGAAAAAUUAACACUUGGAGUUGCAAUAAUUUUGUCACAAAACUGCCGAUGCUUAUUGAAUUCCUACAGAUGGCACAACAUGUGGUACAAUUCAAAUAGAAAAGGAAAAAAACAUUUCUCCGUGAAUGUAUUGGACAAGUGAGUCUGGCGCAGGGACGUUUCCUGCUCCGCUUUUUAAUUAGAUUGGUGUAUUUCAAAUUUUACUUGGGAUUUUAAUUUUAAGCUUUAUAAACUGAACAUACGGAGUCAUACAAAGGUCUAUUGGUGAACUUGGACCCUCAAACUCGUCCAUGACGUUUGUCUUAUUGUGAGCAUGUAGAACAUGUGCUGUAGUUGAGGACCAGUGCGGUCGGUCUCUGUGACGACGCAAAGUUUUAAUGCUGCAGGUGUCUGACAGCAGAGAACCGUGUAUUACGUCAUUCUCAUCAUAAACCUAGUCUGCAUGUAUGUAUCUGAAGAAGUUUGGUUUCCUGUGAGGCCUGUGAUUGGUUGUACUGGGGUCAUUUCAGCAGCACAGGUGGUAUGUAAGCAGACAGCCAGGAUACCAUCAGUCAUUUCUGUGUCUACGGUCAGAGGGGUCUAAACACCCCGCUCCAUGUGCUACUGGAGCAGGUCUGUGUUUAUCAGGGGUCAGGAUCAGCCACAGAGGAUUGAGACAAGAUCUGGUAAUCUGACACUGCAGUGCUUAACACUAAUAAUCUCUAGGUCAGGAGUGGGCAGCCUUUUUACAAUGAGAGCUACUUUUACAAAGAAAAUAUUCUGGUGAGCUACUCAAUUGUAAGGUUUAUAUUUUCCCAUCUGAUUGGGGAGUGGUUUUCCCUAUUGGGGGGGGGGGUUAUCGACUUGGAUAUUUUUGGUUAUAAUCAUCUCGUGAUACUUAUAGAAACACACUGACAUCGACUGGCCUCACAUCUCCAGGCUGGGGGGUUUGAUAUCUGGCACAGCUCUCUGUGUGGAGUUUGCAUGCUCUCCCUCAAAAACUCAAAGACAUGUGGUUCAGGUGCUGACAGUGUGUCCACAGUAAGAUGGGUGACUGUACAGAGUGGAGGAUCUGUCACCAUCCCAUGUUUAUAUGAAGAUACAUAUAAAAACCAUGUGAAAUACUGGUGCAGAGGGAUUGAUGAUCGGUCAUGUCCUCCCAUAGUACGGACUGACUCUCCACAGACGAAGGGUGACGUGUCAAUCAGAGAUGAUCCUGACCAGCGAGUCUUCACUGUCACCAUGAACCAUCUGACAACUGAGGACGCUGAUUUCUACUGCUGUCGUGUGGAGAUCAGUGGACAUUCAGAUGUUGGAGAAUGGCUUACACUGUCAGUCACUGAUGGUUCCCCAGAGCUGUCAGUGGACAAACAGGAGGUGACUGGUGUGGCGGGAGACAGUGUCAGUGUUCAGUGUCACUAUGGAGACAGUAGGAGUCAGAAGAUGUGGUGUAAGAUGGGGGGCUCCUGUUUAUCAGGGAAUUCUGGGAGUUUGGAUGGGAGGCCUGUGGAGAUCAGGGAUGACAGAGUAAAUAAAGUCUUCAGUGUGACAAUGAGGGGACUGGAGAGGAAGGACACUGGCUGGUACUGGUGUGAUGAUGGACACCAGCAGAUCCCAGUUCAAAUUACUGUCAUUCAGCCAAGCCCUUUGGUCCAGCUGGCUCUGUAUGUUGUACUGGGCUUAUUGGUGCUGCUGUAUAUCUUCAUCUUCAUCAUCCUCACGUGGAAAGUGCUGGACAAACGCAAGAAAAAAAUGACCAGAAACCAAAAUCAUGCUGCAAGAACAAUGACAAUGACACCACCACCAGUUUGGAAAGAAAUUGCGUUAUAUGCCUCUGUGGAACCUGGUGAUGAUGUCAUCUACAGCUCCAUCGUCCUGCCAGGUCCAGAGAUGUCCUCUAGUUCUUCUGCUGCAAGCACCAGCGUUGUGAUCUACAGCUCAGUUGCCCUGAAGCACAGCGAGUAGGGGGCAGCGACGCGGAGAUGCUCCUCUACAUGUGGGGACCUACUGCUCAGGAUGAGAUCUGUGAGGGACAGUCAUAUGCUGGGAGAUAUUUUGGGCACUACAUUUUUUUUUCUCAUAAGAGUCAAUAUAGAUAAUCAUUUAAUUUAUAAUUUCUGCAAUUUAAGGCUCCAUUUCUGCCUAAAAUUCACUAGGAUUCAGCACACACAGUGAAUGUGAAAAAAGACAAUGAAUCGAAUUGACUGCAAACUGAAAUGUAUUUUUAAUAAAUCAUACGUAGGUCAUAACACGCCCAUUGCUUCUGGGAUAGGCUCCAGACCCCCCGCGACCCAGUAGGAUAAGCGGUUUGGAAAAUGGAUGGAUGGAUGGAUGGAGGUCAUAGCACUAGGAAAUGCUGACAGUCUCUUUCUUCCUCGAUGCUCGUUGCGGAGCUGCAUUGUUCAGAUGUAAUUCGACUGGAUUUCAACUAUGAGAUUAGACAGACAAACAGACAGACACUUUAUUGAUUCCAAAGGAAAUUUAGGAAUUGGAUCAAACCUUAAAAAUGUAUUGUUAAGAAAAGAAAAGAGGGACUCCUUUGACACAAGACAAAAGAAAAAUCAACAUUAUCCUGAUCCCAGCAGUAGGGGUGGAUUUCAGGAACAAAAUGUACAAAAACUUUAAAAGUGGUCAAAUGAUAUAGGAAUGCAGGAUUCUGUUUUCCUUGGCUGAUCUCGAUCGCCAUUUUUUAAGCCUGAUCCGCCGAUACCGAUCCUGGCCAAUUCCAGUUUUAUUAGCUUAACAAUAAUAACAGAGCAAAUAUUUUUUAACACUUUAAUGAACUUGGCUUAUUGUAAACAAAGUAUUUUUAAAAACCUUUUCAAAUAAGAAUGGCUGCAUAACUAUCAAAUUAAAUUGGUUCCAAAUGCUUUUGGGGAGGGUAUCCACUGGUUACUUUUUGUUAAUGUCUUACACACUGUGAAUUUAAUGUCUUUGUCUCGCAUUAUAACGAAUCUCCAAACAGCAGCCAUGUUUACCAUAAGUGAUUGACUUUACAUGUCAUGUGACAUAGUUGGGGGAGGAAAGGUGAGGGGUGGGAGGCACGACUGUGGAUGGAAACUGAGCUGGCAACAGAGGUGAGCGAAUGACCGAAAUGUCAUAUAACGAAACCUUUGGUUAUAAUCACGAUCCACGAUAUAGGUCACGAUUUUUUUUAGAAUGUGUGUAGUAAUGUUAAUUAACCAUUUAUCCACUUAACCAGCAAGUCCGUCCUUACAAGAAACACUGUUUGUAACAUUAUAAUCCAUCCAUCCAUCCAUUUUCUGAAACCACUUGUUCGAUUCUGGGUCGUGGGGGGUCCAGAGCCUGCCCUAGCGAGUACAGGCACAAGGCAGGGAACAACCCAGGAUUGGACAAGAAGUAACGUUAGUUCGUUAAUUAGUUGAUCGGCUCAUAAAAUCGUCUGUACUGUAUUUACACUGAUUGGCUGAUUGCCAGUCAGCCUCAAUCAGGGCGAAAAUCGAUUGACCGGUGCAUCCCUAUGUUGUACAUAAACAUUUAUUUAUAUUUUGCACUUGAUUUGUUUAGACAUAUUUGUGAUUAUGUACAUAAAGAAGACAUUAAGCUACCUAUUAAGCCUUUCAGUACGAUAAAGAAAAAAACUAUGUUGUCCCGAUAAAAUUAUCCCCCAAAGAGCUGUCAAUAUCAAACAAAAAGUAAUACGCCUGUGUUUCAUUUUAACUGUCAUUCAUCGCUGUAUGUUGAUUAAAAAUGAUACAAUCAUCAGAGAUGAAAAGGAGGUUCUAACAAUUACAUCCAGAGCAUCAAAAGCUGGUCUUCUCAAAAAUGAAGAACUCUGAAAGUUAGCAUAAACAGAAAACCUUUAUUUUGUUAACUACUGGACAUUUAGCCUUUUGUGAUUCAUUUAGCUAUUAAAAAUAUCCACAAUGUAUUUCUGAAAAAAAUGCGUAUUUGUUUAUUAUUUCUUUUUAUUAUUUGUUGUGUAUAAUGUGAAGGUAAUGUUAGAAGUGAAAAGAGCAUAUUUUAAAUUAGCCUUUUUCUCACAGCAUAUUGGGGUCACAAAAUCUAACGUCAGAUGUCAGAAAAAGUCAGAGCUGACCUGUACAUCCCAGUAAUUAAUUCUUUCCAUGAUUAUAAUUUCUGUUUAUGUGAAAUCGCCCGAAGUCUGUUUAAUUACUGUUUAAAAGUAAUGACAUGACAGGUCAAGAACUGAUCCUGACAGUUUCAGAGUCCUUAGGUUCUGUAAAUGCAUUGUGGCAACAAUACAGCAGUUCGUUAACAUUGAAAGGAAAAUGUACUUUUGAAUAAGUAUUUUUAAAAUCAAGUACUCCAGUAUUUUAACUCAAGUAAAACUCUGACAGAAUAACUUUCACUUGUACUAGAGUAAUAUUUGACCAGGAGUAUCUAUACUUUGACUAAAGUAAAGCAGUUGUAUAAUUUGUCCACUUCUGGUUUCUCAUCAGCUAUUUAUCAACAUUUCUAAUUCUUAUUGUUUUCAUUUUAAUAACAAUAUCUUUACCUCGUGAGAGUUUAGUGAAGUCUGUUAGUUCUGGUUUUAAUUUUAUGCUGUACUUACUGACGCUCUUCACUGCCCCCUGCUGGAGCAACUGUGGAAUUAAAAGCUGCCCAGUUGUAUUUCAGUUUGAAAGCUUUCAUUUGGGCACAGUAUUUAUUCCUCACAAAAAUAUUAGGCUUUUGCUUAUUGAUAAGUGGUGUAUUAUUUUAAAAUGCAGGCCACAGACUGUGAAACUCCUCACACAUAAUGUUAAUAAAAUGCUUUACAUUAAUCCUGCAGGCUGCAGUGGUGUCUCAGUGUGUUACGGGGAAAUAAGUAGGUUUGGACCCGGCCAGCAGUUGGAUGAGAGACCAAGUAGGAACGCUGGGCUGAUGCUGGAAGAGAUGUUGGUGUGACCAACAGGGGAGCUCGUCAUGUGGUCUGUGUGGAUUCCAGUGCCCCAGUGCAGUGAUGGGGGUCACUGUGCUGUAAAAAUGGUGUCGUCAUUCUGGUGAGAUGUAAGCCCGCGGUCCUGGGUCAAAAACAA